AUGGUAGUAAUCGACGCCGUUGCGAGUAGUCUUCGAGUGCCUUUGUGGAGGUUUAUUGGUGGUGCUUCAAAUACCAUAACCACUGAUAUAACAAUCCCGAUUGUUUCUUCAGCUGAAGCAGCUGAAUUAGCUUCUAAGUACUAUAAACAAGGAUUCAAGACUUUAAAGCUGAAAGUAGGAAAGAAUCUGAAUGCAGAUAUAGAAGUGCUUCAAGCCAUACGUGUUGCUCACCCCGAGUUGGAAGUUCUCGAGAAAUUACACGAAAUGGGGUUGACCCCUAUUCUAUUUGAGCAACUAGUUCACAGAGAUGAUUGGGAUGGUCUUGGAUAUAUGAGUAACAUAGCAAGAGAAAAAUAUGAAGUAUUUGUUGCAGCUGAUGAGAGUAACACUAUUAAAGAUAGAAAUGAAUUGAUGGAAAUUCACAUACCAUUUUACUUAAGCUCCAUUAGCAAGGGUGUGGCAACUGUUAUGGUAUCUUACUCAAGUUGGAAUGGUAUGAACAUGCAUAUUCAUAAUGAUCUUAUUACUGGGUACCUCAAAAAUACUCUCCAUUUCCAAGGCUUUGUCAUUUCAGAUUAUGAGGGUUCAAAGUCUGCUGAUUCUGCUGCGGUGACAAUUGCCACCAAUAUGGUUGGUCGUGGGACGGAUAUAAUCCUUGGCAGAAAUGCGGAGUUUAUGGAAUGA